UUUUCCUCUGGCAACAUCGCUUUUGAAGUUACGUAAACUGUCAUCCGUAGAGAAAUAUUUUUCUCUCUAUUCCUGUAAAUUUUCAAAAACUGACCAGGCCUUAGUUUUUAAGUUUUUUGUACAAUCCCAUUCGAUUGAAUUUUUGAACUUCACAAGUCUGGUAACCCUACCAACAUCUGCUAUCUGACCAUUACCUUCCCAGCAACAUGGCAGCGAGGGUAGGACGAAUUUGUGGUGCUGGUUUAUUAAAACCCUCUAAUUUAUCGUCAGUCAGCCAGAUUAGUUUAUAUUCAACGACCAGAGAAUGGACAAGAAGCAAAAAAGCACUUCUUGGAGGCCUUGGGGUAUUGGCAGGCGGUGUCGGGGCCCUCGCGUUAGCAUUAGAUCAGUCAGUAAGAGCGUCUGAUCUUGAACUACACCCUCCCAAAAACGUAUGGAGUCAUUCUGGAAUGUUCAGUUCCCUCGAUCAUGCCAGUGUGAGGAGGGGCUACGAAGUCUACAAGCAAGUCUGUGCAGCCUGUCACUCUAUGAGAUUCAUAGCUUACCGUAACUUGGUUGGUGUCACGCAUUCCGAACAGGAAGCCAAGGCCGAGGCCGAGGAACAGAUGAUCGAAGACGGUCCUGACGAAGAAGGAAACAUGUUCAAACGUCCAGGUAAAUUGUCGGACUACUUCCCCAGUCCCUAUCCCAAUGAGGAAGCUGCCCGUGCUGCCAACAAUGGUGCCUAUCCCCCGGAUCUUAGCUACAUUACCUCUGCCAGACAUGGAGGUGAGGACUACAUCUUCGCCCUACUAACAGGCUACUGCGAUCCUCCCGCGGGCGUGGUGCUGCGAGAAGGCCAGUACUUCAACCCCUACUUCCCAGGAGGGGCUAUUUCGAUGGCGCAAGCGCUGUACAACGAAGCCAUCGAGUAUUCCGAUGGGACGCCUGCAACGGCCAGCCAGUUGGCCAAAGAUAUAUCCACUUUCUUGAAAUGGACCGCGGAACCCGAGCACGACGACAGGAAGAAAAUGCUCAUCAAAUGUAUAGGCAUAUUCGCGAUGCUGGCAGGUCUUUGCUACUACAUGAAGAGACUCAAGUUUUCUUCGCUGAAGACGCGUAAGAUCGAGUUCAGGCCCAAGAAGUAGGGCGGGGCGGGUACCGUAGCGUGACAUUUAGCAAGAUUUCAACUGUAUUAAGCAUAAUUUUCUUAUACUGUACAUAUAAUUGUGAUUUACUCUUUUUUCCCAUCAUUUUAAAACAGGUGUCUGUUUGGCACGUGGUGAGUUUAUUUAUUUUUUCUGUGGUUCGUCGUGAUGCGAACCAAAUGUCACGUUCUUUGAAUAAAAAUGUUGAGUAAG